CCACAGAACAGAAACAAAUAGAAGGUAGGAUAGGAUCAAUGAGAAACUUGAGAUCAGUAGCAGGCGCUCUUCUUGUUCUUCUCGUCUUUGCCAUUUCAGCAUAUCCCUUCGAGGCUAGACAUCAUAGAUGUAAGCAUGGCGGCAAAAAAGGCCACAAAUGCCUGCCUGGUGGUCAUCAUGUGUCCGGAGAGAAGGCGGUUCUUACCAUAAACAGCUUCGAAAAGGGCGGAGAUGGGGGCGGUCCAUCUGAGUGUGACGGCCACUUCCAUUCCGAUGACACCUUGAUCGUAGCGCUUUCCAGUAGGUGGUACAACCACGGCCAGCGCUGCCAUCGCCAUAUCAACAUCCACGGGAACGGGAGGAGCGUGAGAGCUAAGGUUGUGGAUGAGUGUGACUCCAACCGGGGAUGCCGUGCUAACAUAGUUGAUGGCUCAAAAGCAGUGUGGAAGGCCUUAGGCGUCCCGAAACAUCAAUGGGGUGAGCUUGAUGUAACCUGGACUGACGACUAGCUAGCUUGAGCUGAGCCAUCACUAGGGCCGUCGCGGUCCCUAUAAAAAUAGGGAUCCAUUACCCCAUUGUCAGUCCAUCUAUCAUUACUGGGUUUCAUGUUUUCCUUUCGAAUAAUGCUGCAGAGGCAGUUGAUAACCAAUGACUUUUGGUUAUAUAUAUAUAUAUAUAUAAUCUAUGGCCUGAAAUUUCCCGUUUUCAAUAAAACAUUUGUAAAAUAAUCAAUAAAAGUUGGUUUGAUUUCGAA